CGCAUCGCUGCCAACCCGACAUUUGCAACUGCGCAAAAGUGAUCAACACCCCCGAUAAUUCGGCAAGGUAUUCCUAAGCAGAGAUUAGGCUUGUCCUCGGUCUGUUGCUGAGAUCUCUUGCAUCGCGUGUCUUUCAACCCAAAGACCUUAGAGUGCGGCUGCCGUUUUGAAGUGCUUAGAUUCGGGCGCCGCACCACAACUACACUAACGCCGACGAGUAGUCUCUCUUUCUUGCGACAGAGCUCUUGGUGUCUCCGAUUCGACCAACAGCGUUUUCUUUUCCGACACCCUGGGAUUGCCCCGCAACGUGCUUUUCCUGGCCAACUCCGUGUGUACGGCCGUCGAGAUGCCCGAACUCUAGCCACAAAAUCACCGCCAUGUCCCAAUACCCGCCUCCGUAUGGCUACGGCCAAUAUCACGGCCAGCCGCCACCUCAAGCAUACGCCUAUCCAAACGUUCCCGGUUAUCCUGCGUCCGCAGCCAUUCCCUACAACCCCUCCAUGACCCCAUCACACCACGAUGCGUCGCAGGCUGCUUACGGUAUGAAUUUGACCCAUAUACCUGGGCUUGGGAUGGGAGGGGCGGCUCCAGUCAACACCUAUGGCACCUUCGCGUCGGGUGCUGCGUCGUGGAACCAGCCCAAUGGACCUCCAGUUCCGACAUCAAACGCACCCCUCCCGACACAUGGCGCAAACCAUUUUAACUUCGACGGCCCUCCGCCCAGCUCUUCCGGUGCUUCGAAAUCUGCUGUGCCGCCUUCGACUCAGCCCGCGCAAGGACCGCAAGGACAUCCACGCCCAAGCGCAGCUGUUGAGAUGGAAGAAGGCGAAUUGAGCGAGGGUCAGUUCGAAGACCUCUACGAGCCGCGAGAAGACGCUUCUGAUGCGCCCGCGCAACCCAUUGACAAGCCCGUACCUUUACCGGCUGCAGAAUCGAGUCAACCGGCCAGCACUGCCGACACUCCCGACGGAGGGUUUUAUGGCACUGAUGAAGAUGACGGUGGUAAGGAUCCGAGGGGUCCUGAAGGCCGUGAGCGUUCGGCGUCCUACUCGCCCUUUUUAUCCCCACGGGAGGUUCAAAGUGAGAUCCCAACACCGCAAAGGGUGGCGGAUCAGGGACCUCAAACAGCCUCGGCUCAACCAGACGUGGGGACGCAGAACUCGACCGUCCCAGGCCUGCGGUCUCCGGCUCAGGCUUCGACAACGGCCUCUGCCAACAAUACUUCUUCCAAACUCGAAGGUCCCGCAUAUCAAUCGCAAGACGACCCACUGAACUCGUUCAAAUCCCUUCAAGAGGCCAAGAAGGAGGCGCAGAAGGCUAUCCUGCGGUUAUGGCCAUUGGGUGUUAAAUACCAGAAUUACAUUGACGAAGGGUUUGAUGAAAAACUAAUCAAGGGGCUCUUCCUUGACCUUCAUCUCGGCAUGCCAAAGGCAGCUGCCAGCCCGCCCGAUGCGCCAUCUAAAGCAACACAACCGCAUCAGGGUGGCGGAACUGACUCGAGCAAGUCAAGCCAAGCAUCCAACCUGCAGCUGCAGGCGACUACUGCCGCAAAGGAGACCUCCUCCACGUCGGAACAGCCACAGAAGGGCGAAGAACGUAAGGACCGCAUCGCACGGCUCCUUGCAGCGAAAGCAGCGAAACCACCAGCGGCGCUGAACCCGCCCAAACCCGCUCCAACAGCUCCCGAGAAAGCAGCUCCGGAGAAACAGCAGCCGGAGACUUCGUCAGCAGCGCAGACGUCAACUGCUCCUCGAGGCAAGACGUGGGGCGAGAAAGAACGCUUGCUUCAACAGAAGAUAGCUGCUUUGCAGAAGGCUCGAGAAGCCCGAAAGUCUGCAGAAGCCACAGCUGGCGCGAAGGCUGUACAAGGGGAGGAUAGUAAUAAUGGGACUCUCAAACCCCAAGGAGUUACGACAGGGAGCCCCGCUCUGCCAUCUAUCCCGACAGGCCCUCGAGCACCCAACGGAGUUCAACGGCCGGCCAACUCCCAACCAGCUCUCUCCCAGCCUCACCCCUCUCUCUUCGGCUUAGCCCUGACACCGAACGGUCCACAGAUCACUUCGAACCAGCGCAAGCGCCCAGGAGCAUUAGACUUCGUCGACUAUCCAUCUGGGCCGAGCGCCGCCAAGCGACCCUUUGCCCAACCUCGCCAAGAGACCUCGCUUAUUAUUGAUGUUAGUGACGAGUCUGAUGACGGGGAGAUGGAGAUGGAUAUGGACAUGGGCUCGCCGAUCGAGGAGACAAUGCCGGUUCAAACCGGCGGCAUGUCCAGUCAACGUGGACCGGUCAUCCGUGACUUUCCGCCGCUGACAGAUAGUUCAUCCAAACGCCAAUUGUCGAGUCCUGCGCCUUCUGUAACACCGCCUGGGGGGCGAGUGAACCGGACAACGGAGCUGGAUCUGAAAGAAAAAGCCAUACAAGAGAUGAGACGGAAGAUCGCCCUUGCAGAGGCGAAGAGGAAGGUCAAGCAAUCCGCAGGUGGUUCGGUCACGCCAAAUCGGUCAGAAACAGAGAACAAGGUGGGCGAAGGUCCUCGGCCGCCGUUGACCCAAACGACCGAAUCCACAAGCAGUCAGGGUGGCUCGGAGAGGGGUUCUUCUGGACCUACACCGGAACCGUCGACAGCCAAACCGCCCAAGCCAUCCGAGACACACCUGGACCCGCUUCAGCGAGCUCAACGCCGGGGCCGUAUCAUGAGCCUUGAAAUUCCCCGAGUCGAGUCUUCCCUCUCAGAAAAGAUGAAGCGGUUAAAGCAACUUCAAGACGAAGAAGAACGGCUCAAGGCCGAAAUUGAGAGGAGCAUCGCCGAGCAGAAGAAGCUAGCUGCAGAAUUGCAACAGCUCGACACAGCUUCGCCUUCCACCGAGGCUGCGAGGCCAAACGGAUCAGAGGCAGGGGAUGGUGGAGGUCAACCAUUCCAGUCACAACCCCGAGAGACGUCGAGCGAUUGGCAGGAAGAUGAAUCUUCCGUUUCGCAGACAGGAAGCGUGACAGCAAAUGCCCAGACGCGCCGAUCUUCGUUUACCCAAUCCGUGUCUGGCGAAAAAACUGGCGAUGGACUGAAUGAAGGUCAAACCCCGAGCAAUCAGUCGGAAGAGCGGCCUGCUGCUCACGAUGGCGACGGCUGUAUUGGAGGCCGUGCGAUGAGUGACUCCGCCGACCAUCCACACGAAAGAACGACAGAGACAGAGACAUCUCCACCAAAGAGCGAUGCGGUUGUCCAAGGAAAUGCCGGGGAUUCGCCAAUCCCUUCGUCAGCACUAACGCCAGCCGCAAACAAUGCUGCUGCCUCUGAUGUGCCCGAACAACUGGGCAGUCCGAAUGCCGACGAGACCACACCGAUGGAAUUAGAGUCGCAAUCGCCUAGCCCGCAGGCGCUGGAGCAUGCCAGCAGUGCCAAUGCGGAGUCUCCGGCACCAUUGCCCGACCAAAUAUCAGGACCCGCGCAACCCCGAGAGGCAGCGCAAGAGAUAGAGACCGAAGUCGCAGGAGAAGUACAUGUCGUUUCUUCCCCUGCCACUGGGACCUCGGGGCUGACGGAGCAGCAGGUACAGGGUUACCCAGUGUCCAAAUCCGAGAGCACGUUGAAACCAUACCAAAGCCCGCUUCGCUAUUUCCACGCAUACCGGUUCCAUCCAGAGUACCCAAAAGCAGUUGCCGGUGGCCUGAGGUCUUUGACUUACAGCAACAGAAUUGACCCCGACAAGGAGCUGUGCCCUUCCGAGCUUACUGGAGAACAGUGCCCAGACAAUUGCGAGUAUCAGCACUUCAGCUCCAUCAGUGCACCCGAUGACCAAAUCCUCCUGGAGCUCGGAAAUUCCGACGACUUUACUGGCGACCAAAAGAGCGGGUUCAUCCAAGGCCUGCGGGAGCUUCUCCAGAAAUUCAAGGCCGAUAAGGUCAAGGACUUCGACACUAUAGCGCGCGGAAUCGUUGAAUUCCGCUCCCGGUUUCUCGGAGACAAGUCCAAGGUGCUCCGGUUGGAGGGUGUCACCAUCUGAUAUAACCCCUAUUCAGCUGGGAUUUUGAACUGGACAGUGGCAAGCCCCACGUCACCAGCCCAGUUCUGCGUGCCCACUCGACAGUAGAUUUAUUACCAGCUUCUUCAUUCUUUCCCCCGUGCGAGUUCU